AUGCACCCAGACCAGAAAGGGCAAAGUCACGGAUGCACGAAGCCCACAGGACCGAAAUCCUCAAACUCCAUUGUCCGCGCCGACAGUGAUGGAAGCACGAAGAAAACCCCCAUCAAGACAACACAAACCGUUGAAGAGUUGAAGGCCACUCUCUCAGCACUCCGGAGCAUGAGACCCUCAUGCACUCCGCUCGAAGCCCUGGAUCAGGAGCUGAAGAACCUUUUCGAGGGGGGCGUCCAAGCCGCCUCGUGCCGAUGCAUCGCGCUGCGUUCGGCAGUGCUGCGUGGUCAAACCACAGUCCGCCUGCGACCACGAGCCUCCUUGAAUCGACAGUUGGAUCUCCCCAUUCCGUCGUUCUGGAACACGGCUUUCAUAGCCACGACGGUGGUGCUUCUCUUCGCUAGCCCUCCGGACCCAGACGCGACGCUCGCGGCUCUCAGCUGGUUGUCUUAUGAGUUGGGCGGGGUACCAACGAUGACCGAUAUCCGGAAGUAUGCGUCUGCGGACCUGUCAAAGCGCUUCGCCCAGGCGAAGAAGGUCGCGAUCGAUGGCAAAGUGGCCAAAGUGACUGUCUUGGGGGUGGAUCUUGUUGACGUGGAGAUUAUCGAUCGGUGUGAGAUCCAGAGCCGCGACAUGGAAUAUACGUCCUUUGCGCAUUCGUUUGUCCUGGCUAUUGGGAGAGAAGGUUUCCGCAUCUACGAGGCGUGGCGUGAGCACGGUUAUCGGCUGGAUCAGUAUCUGAUGAGGGGCGGCUCGAGACUUCGUACGUGGGCAGAAUCGAAAUCUUUCCUCAAAAGCUUCAACAAGCUCUGUCAACCGCAGAAACAGUGGUCGCCUGAGCUGAACAGUGCCUAUGAAGAGUGUUUCGGUAUCAACCUCGACUCGUUCUGUGGGAAAGGACCCCUUAAGUAUCCUAUUAUACCUGUUUAUCGACCCUGGGUCAGAAUCUUUGAGAUCAACGACGUCAAAGUUGAGGAUAUCAGGAAAUUCACAUGGGAGGGGACACUUUAGGCAUAGCGAAC